CUUGGUCAGAUGGCCGGAAAAUCAAAUUGGCUUGCCCUUUAUAUUCUGGCUAUAAUUGCUGGAGUCCAUGGGGCUGACAUUCUUGGUCUUUUCACCAGCCUGAGUCCAUCGCACUUGGUAAUCCAAAUGUCGAUGGCCCGGAUUCUGGCAGAGAGAGGGCACAACGUGACUGUUGUUACCGCCUUGAAACCUCCGUUUCUGCACAAGGACAUCAAUCACAUCCUUGUGCCACUGGAGAAGGAAGACCUUCAGGCUUUCAGUUCUGUUGUUGGUGGCUUAUCCAAGACAGACAAUAGCAACGCCUACACAUCCAUGUUUCGAUCGAUGAGGCAAAUAAGCGAGGCGUUCUCCAAGAUGGGCACCGUGAUGAAGCACCAGGUAGUAAGAGAUCUCUACGAGCAUCCGGAUAACAGGUUCGACCUGGUCAUCGUGGGCUACUUCAUGAACAGUUUCCAACUGGCCCUGGGCUACAAGCUGAAGGUACCAAUAGUGGUGGCCCUCUCAAAUCCACCAGCCUUUUUGGGCGACGUUCUGGGAAACCCGUGGGAAGUGUCAUACGUUCCUGCGAUGCAUUUGGGUACCGAUAGUGGGAGUCCCAUGGGCAUUGGAAAGCGUGCUCUCAACAUCUUGGGAAACUUGGGGCAGCGGUUGUUCAUGUUCGCAAUUGAGUAUGGUAAUGCAAAAACUUACAGGGAGAUCUAUGGCGAUGACCCUGCUCUUCCCAGCUAUGGGGACUUGAACAAAAACAUUUCACUUAUCUUCUUUGCCUCGCACGGUAUAAGCGAGGGUCCCAUCAGGCCCAACCUACCAGCUGUGAUCGAGGUGGGAGGAAUUCAAGUGAAAGACCGUCCGGAUCCACUACCCAAAAGUAUGGCAGAUUUCCUGAGUGAAGCUCCUCACGGAGCUAUACUUCUCAGCUUGGGAUCAAACCUAAAAAUAGAUCACCUCAAACCUGACACGGUGCAGAAAAUGUUCAAUGUCAUCUCGAGUCUGAAGCAGAAAGUGAUCUGGAAGUGGGAUGAUCUGGAGAACACCCCUGGAACCUCGGAAAACAUACUCUACUCAAAGUGGCUGCCUCAGGACGAUGUCCUUGCGCACCCAAACAUCACUCUGUUUAUUACUCACGCGGGAAAAGGUGGAGUGACCGAGGCUCAGUACCACGGUAAACCCAUGCUGGCCCUACCCGUAUUCGGAGAUCAGCCCAGCAAUGCCGAUGUCAUGGAACGGCAGGGCUUUGGACUGAAGCAAAGCCUUCUCAACCUGGAAGAGGACACCUUCCUUGGUGGGAUCCAGGAGGUGCUCGAGAACCCAAAGUACGCCACAAGGGUAAGAUCGUUCUCUGCCCUCUAUCGGGAUCGUCCAUUGAGCGCCCAACAGACGUUCAUCUACUGGGUGGAGUAUGUGAUCCGGCACCGUGGAGCCCCGCACCUUCAGAGCCCUGUGGUGCAUAUGAACUACAUAGAAGUCAAUAACCUAGAUAUAUACGCACUGGUUCUUGUAGCUACAGCCUCCAUAUACUUCAUUGUUAAGUUAGUUAUUGGCUUACUCUCCAAGGCAUUGAAGAGCAAGACAUUGAAAAAGUCACAGGUUAAUCACAAAAAUAAGCUAAAAAUGAAAUAAAAAUGGCUGCGGCAAGUGAAAACAAA